AUGGGAUCCAGAAGAUACGAUUCGAGAACCACGAUAUUUUCGCCCGAGGGCCGUCUUUAUCAGGUUGAAUAUGCGCUUGAAUCCAUUUCGCAUGCAGGUACUGCGAUAGGUGUGAUGGCGAAAGACGGAAUUGUGUUAGCUGCCGAACGCAAAGUGACAAGUAAACUACUGGAACAGGGAAGCUCGAGCGAGAAGCUAUACAGAUUGAACGAUAACAUCACGGUUGCGGUGGCAGGGCUGACGGCAGACGCAGAAAUACUUAUUAAUACGGCGCGGGUAUACGCGCAAAACUAUUUGAAAACUUACAAUGAGGAGAUCCCUGUUGAGAUUUUAGUCAGGCGGUUGAGCGACGUGAAACAGGGUUAUACACAGCACGGUGGUCUAAGACCCUUUGGUGUUUCCUUCAUUUAUGCUGGUUACGACGAGCGUUACGGGUACCAACUGUAUACGUCCAAUCCGUCGGGAAAUUAUUCGGGCUGGAAAGCGAUAAGUGUUGGUGCCAACACGUCAGCAGCGCAGACGUUGUUGCAAAUGGACUACAAAGAUGAGGUUGACUUGGAAGGCGCCAUGGAGUUGGCAUUGAAAACGCUUUCGAAAACGACCGAUUCUAGUACUUUAACACAUGAAAGCGUCGAAUUCGCUACAAUUCAGAAACUUGACAACGGUAAAGUCGUACAAAAGAUCUAUAAUCCACAGGAGAUCCAAGUACUGCUUUCCAAGACCGGAAUCACCAAAAAAGAUGACGAAUGA